CGUGAACUAGCUGGGGGUGUCACUUCGGCUGGACAGAGAAAUAUCAAACUUGUUGCGGAUUUCGUUGAAAGCAAGGGUUUUCAGAAAAAAUAUGGAGAUACCGAUUCUUUAUAUCUAGUCUGUCCAAAAGAAUGUUUUCAGAAAUGUGAUGAGGCAUAUGACAAUGGUAAUGGGAUCUUGAAAGAAGAAUAUUGGUCUAAAAUGGUGAACAUCUCUAUAGAAGUAAUAGAAAGACUUCGUGAUGAA